AUGCCGCACGCAUCCCAGGAACCAAAUAUACCAGCUUCAGCCUCUGGUCCCCGUCGAAUUGUGCUUUGCUUCGAUGGGACAGGCAAUCGAUUUCAAGGUAAUGAGUCGGACACAAACAUCGUGAAAAUCUAUCAAAUGCUCGAGAGGAAUUCGCCUGGUCAAUUCCACUACUACCAGCCGGGAAUUGGCACCUAUGUCAAAGGUGAAAGCUCCAGUGGAAACCUGUUCACCAUUUGGCCCAAGAUCAAAUCCAGCAUUAUCACGACUGUUGACCAAGCAGUUGGCUCCUCGUUUCGGAGUCAUGUUCUGGCCGGUUACCAGUUCGCAAUGCGCUAUUACCUCCCUGGAGAUCAUAUCUACAUUUUCGGGUUCUCGCGGGGCGCAUACACAGCUCGCUUCCUUGCAGAAAUGAUUCAAGAUCUGGGACUUCUUUCUCAGGGAAAUGAAGAAAUGGUUCACUUUGCCUGGGAAACGUUUAGUAACUACCAGCAAUCGCGCGCCAACGACCCCCCAACCGCCAAAGACAUCAAAUUGCAGAAUUAUCUGGAGGAUUUCAAGACUACAUUCUGUCGCCCAGGGAUAGGGGUUCAUUUCCUCGGUCUUUUUGACUGUGUGAAUAGUGUUGGUCAGUUUGAAAUUCCAUUCUACCGCACCUCCUACAAAUCGAUUGUCAAUCCAGCGGCUCACCAUAUCCGACAUGCGGUGUCAAUUCAUGAGCGACGACUGAAAUUUAAGCCGGCCCUUUUCCUCAUAGAUCAGGAUAAGUAUCCGGUAGAUCUCAAGGAAGUUUGGUUUGCUGGAAACCACUGCGAUGUUGGCGGUGGUUAUGGACUUCAGCGUGGUCAGAAGCAUCUCCUCUCCGACACUCCUUUGAACUGGAUGAUUCAAGAAGUCCUGAAUUUGGAGGGCUCGGAGAGCAAGCUGUCAUUCCAGACCCUCAAUGUCGAUGAUGUAGUCAAGAAAGAAAAUGCCUUCCCUGGACAAGAGCAGCCGGGGACUAAUGCGUUCGAUAUUCGAAGAGAAACUAAUCAGCCCCACGACACACUGCGAUUUGGGUAUGGAACGUUUUUUGUGAUGGUCAUUAUGUGGUGGAUUCUAGAAUGUCUUCCCAUUUUCACUCGUCUCGAAUUAGAAAAAGGAAAAUGGGUUCCUCGUCGACUCCCACCAAACCUGGGUGCCCCCCGCGAUCUCCCAUUGGAUGCUGAGAUCCAUCAGAGCGUCAACGAAAUGAUUCGAGCGGGCAUCUUGAAAGAAGAAUCAAUCCCCGUGCGAGGCGGGGACAACUCGCAUCUGCCUAAUGUAGCCAACAUCACGUAUGCAUGGACAAGGAUGAGGAAGAACAUGGCGAGUCGGGCGAUGAACGGGAAGAAAGAUGGGGGUCUGAGAGCGCCACGGGCUAUGGAACUGGGAGAGCGACCUUCCUAG